AUGGACCAUUUCUUCCGUGGUGCAGCCAUCACCGCGUCUUCUUAUCAUCUCGUCCAUGCGGCGGCACAGCAGAUGAAGCCUCUCCGGUCCUUUCCAUUCCCGCUCAACAUUGGGACGGACAUUUGCCAGAUCUCUCGCAUCUAUGGCAUCCUCAAGAGUCCCCGGGGCCUGCGGUUUGUGAACCGAAUCCUCUCGCCAGAGGAGCAGGCCAAUAAAGACCCGAGGCUGCGAUGUCUUGAAGACCGUCCUAUUGUUAAGCCUUUUAAAGCCGAUGAGCUUUACCCCUUUGAAAAGAAUAAAGGAGGGGGCGGUUCGAUUAGCGAGGAGAUGGCUCGUCGGGAUCCAGAUGUGUGGACAGCCGCUGCGUUUGUUGCAGGCAGAUUUGCUGCCAAAGAAGCGGCCAUCAAGGCCCAUUCGCACCGUCGGCUCACGUUCCAUGACGUGGUGAUUGAACGCCGCGGCAGAAAGGAGGAGCGUCUCGGGAGCGGACCGCCGGUGGCGCGGAUCAAGGGCGAGGGCGAGGCGGAUGCGGAUGUGAGUGCUAUGAUUUCGAUUAGCCAUGAUGGGGACUAUGCGACGGCGGUUUGCAUGGCGCACGAUCCGAGUGUUGGGGUGGAGGAGGAGGAGGAUGAUAUUGUGCGGAGGUGGAAUAUGGGUGAGAUUUGCUGAGGCACAUUUGCAAAUAAUAGAAGAUGCUUUUGAUUA